GCGAGCUGUCAAUCAGGAUUAACGGUCACUUUAAAAAGUCCCUCGUGGCGGCGGCUGGAGCUGAGAGUCUCGCUCUCACCCCAGCGCGAGGCGACGCCGUCACUACGGGUGAUCGCUCCACGCGCGCACAAAGUCUCGAGUUAUUUAUUUAUAAGUUUGCUGCUGCUCGUGGAUUGUGGCGCGUGCACACACAGGACGGCUCAUGAAUAAAUAAAGCAGCCGGAACGUGCGAACAAAGCGUCAGCACUAAGGCUGCACGAGGGCAAACUUGGAUAAAAAGGGAUAAAAACAUCUUUUUUCAGGGUUUAGAAGAGUUUGACUGGGAAGAAUAGCACGCACGCACGCACCACACAGCACGGUAACGUACCGGACCUGGCAUCACACACAUCCGCACGGGAUCAACAUGGACCUCAGGACGCUGUGCUCCGGGCUGCUUUUGCCUCUGCACAUCUUGUGUUGCGCCGUAAAAGCGCUCGUGCGCUUCUUCAUCCCGGGCAAACGCAGAGAUCUGUGCGGGGAUGUGGUGCUCAUUACCGGGGGAGGACGAGGAAUCGGUCGUCACCUGGCCCGAGAGUUCGCCAAGUGCGGGGCAAAGAAGUUGAUACUGUGGGGCCGCACAGAGAAAUGCCUGAAGGACACGUGUGAGGAGAUAACGCUCAUGGGGACGGAGUGCCAUUACUUUAUUUGCGACGUGGCCAACAGGGAGGAAGUGUAUAAGCAAGCCAAAGUGGUGCGAGAAAAGGUCGGAGACGUCACCAUCCUGGUGAACAAUGCCGCAGUGGUGCAUGGGAAGAGUCUGAUGGACAGCGAUGAUGACGCCCUAUUGAAGUCACAGCAUAUAAACACCAUGGGGCAGUUUUGGACUACAAAAGCGUUCCUGCCGCGUAUGCUAGAGCUGCAGACGGGUCACAUCGUCUGCGUCAACUCCAUCCUGUCCCUCUCACCUAUACCUGGCACAAUAGACUACUGUACCUCCAAAGCCUCGUCUCUGGCCUUCAUGGAGAGCCUGACCCUCGGCCUGUUGGACUGCCCCGGGGUGGGAUGUACCACCGUGCUGCCCUUUCACACCAACACCGAGAUGUUCCAGGGCAUGAGAGUGAGAUUCCCUAAACUCUUCCCGCCGCUGAGACCAGAGGUAGUUGCUCAGAGGACAGUGGACGCAGUCAGAACCAACACAGCCUUUGUUUAUCUUCCGUGGACCAUGAAUGCACUGGUUAUCCUCAAAAGCAUCUUACCUCAAAGUGCUCUGGAGGAAAUACACAGGUUUUCUGGAACCUACACCUGCAUGAACACUUUCAAAGGACGGACAUAAAAAACGCAACGCAAAACCACAAAGUUUGUCUAUGACCUUAAUUAUAGAUGGAGUGUGUAUCACUUCAGUCUGCCGGACGCAGCUGAUCAGAAACAACAGAAAAAAGUCAGGGAUCGAAGAGUCGGCUGUCCUUGAAGGGUUUUCUUGAGACUUUUAACGGAGGAGAAAUAAAGAAACAGUAUGGGACAUGAUCAGCGUCAGUGUCCGUGUCGCUCAGACUGCCUCAGAUGACUGACCUCUCAGCAGGAUGUUGCUGGCUUAAAGACUGGGUUUUGAACUGCUUCACCAGCAAAGAAAAGCGAACAGACUCACGAAAAAGAGCCUUCAGAUUUUUUACUUAAUCGUCUCUUAUAAAAAUGGUGUAUUUUUUAACAAAAUAGUGUUACUCAAAAUACAACGUUUGAAUAAAAUACUGUUUGGAGAUA